AUGAUUUUGAGGCUAGGAGCCAUUCCUAGGCCUACCAGUGAUGGGAUUGACAUCACAGAUAUAGACAGGUCGAAUCAGGACAUUGUGAUAGACUGUAGAGAUGAUGUGGGCAUGCACCGGUCGUACAUCACAUGGUGGAGGAGGACAUACCCUCGAGCCAUAUUUCGAGUAGACUUCCCUGGAGGGAACCCCGAACCAUGGAGACAGACUGAUAGAGAGGGAUCUGAUACAUCCAAGGAGGGCUCAGAUGAUCAGGCUGACAAGACAAGAGAGCAAGAGGAAGGAGGACACAAAGAUGAUCCUGACACCAGAGAGGGAGAUCUGGAUGGAGAUGAUGACGAGGAUAGAGAGGAGGAGGAGAAGGAGGAUCAAGAGGAGGAUGAUGAGGAAAAGUAUGAGGAGGAGGAAUAA